CGUCAUUGUCGUUGCCGCUAUAAUUAAUUGACUUUUGUAAUAAACGUAAAAUAAGUGAACUCCUCUGUUUGUUUUUUUUUUUAUUGUACGGAACAAUCAGUCCAAGAGACGGCUGCACGAAUGAAAAAGUGAUGAGCAAAUUAUUUGUGCACUAACAAGAAAUAAAAAUACGUAACAAGUGUGGGCUGUAUUUGAAAAGACGCAGUACGUUUUCAAGUAGGGGUUGUAAAUUUAGAGCAACACCAGAGAAAAAUUGGGCGCAGUUGUGUGUGUCUGUGUCGCGUGUUUAAUCUAAGCACAAUAGCCGCCACUUACUGCGUACCUUCCUGUCGCUGUUAUCGCCGUUGCCGCCGUUGUCGCACCGUGCCAUGCGUGACCUCGGCACCAAAAUGGCCGAGCUGAAAUUCGAAGCUCCACUGGCAAAAUUUGAGGAGACGGACGAGUGGGGCGGUUGCGACUUCAUCACAAAUCAGAAUGCUCUGAAUGACACACUAAAUCUGAAUCUAAAGGACGCUGACGUUGUAGGAAAGCAAGACACCAAAUUGCGUUUGUUGGAAGAUGCAGUGCGUGAUGCGCACGUCAGCAAAAAUGGGGGUGCUGGUGGCAAUAUAAGCCCCAAUUGCAAUACCCUGCUUGGCUCCAUGGAACUAGGCCUCUCCGAUGUUGGUGAAGUACCGGGAGAUGGAGCCGGCUUGGAUGUUGCCGACAAGCGCUUGGCAGCAGGCGAUCAUGUGGACAAUUUCACGGAGACAUUUGGCGGUAGCUUGGAAGAUUUGGUUAAUACGUUUGAUGACAAGAUAACUAAAUGCUUUGGAAACUACGAAGAAAAUGUGGAGGAGCUGGCGCCGGUACAGGUUCGCAGCCAGGAGGAGAUCAUGAAUGAAUGCCAAAUGUGGUGGACAAUAACGGGAAAUUUUGGCAAUAUAUUGCCAAUCGAUUGGUCUAAGUCGUACACUCGUCAGAUGCAUAUGCCAACCCUUAAUCUAGGCCAGAAUCAUACAAAGCAACAACACCGCAAUCAACUGCAGCAGCAACAACAGCAGCAGCAUAAUUUUCUGGAUGCACAAACCCCGGGAGAUGAGUUCAACGAUUUAGCCAGCGAGGACGAAGCUGUCGCAAAUGAUCUCGAUAUGCAUGCAUUGAUAUUGAACGGCUUGCAUGGCGAUGCCGAUGAACCCAUUAAAUCUGUGGAAGAGGUGAUAAAGGAAAUCGAUGACAUAAUGGAUGAGGCUGAGAGUCCAUUGGAGGAGCCAGAUGCAUGCGAAUCUGAGGUCAUAGAAAAGGCCCGCGAAGUUUUAGGUGCACCGCUUUAUGCGGAAAAACUGCAAUAUGUCACUACUACACAGCUAAAUGAGCUCUACAUGGAAAUGGAAGUUCUUAUACAGGAGCUGAGCGAAACGCUCAUCAAUGAGUUAGCGUUACGCGACGAGCUCGAGUUUGAGAAGGAGCUGAAAAACUCUUUCAUUUCAUUGUUGCUGGCGGUGCAAAACAAGCGCAGACAAUAUCACGUAGAGAAGAAACGUGGGAAAUUCCAAGGUCCGGAUCCCAAAUACCUGACGACUGUCAUACCGUAUCACUUGGAGAACGGCACUCCAAACAAUCAAUCGUUGCAGGUGCUAAUCAAAAUACUCAAGGCCAUUAACGAAGAUAGUCCUACAGUACCAACGCUUCUGACGGACUAUAUACUUAAGGUGCUUUGCCCUACAUAAACGAAGCAAGCGCUUCAAAAAUUAAAAAAAAAUUUUUUUAAAUGCCACUACACUCUAUAUCUGUCUGUAUUUAUAUAUAAAUUUUAUUUUAAUUAAAUAAUUAUUUAACGCGAGGCGUACGAGUACGAUGUAUGUCUUCAACAAAAGAAUAUAAAAAACUUCUUAGCUCGUUAGAAACAAAAUAAAAGCUUAGUGCAUGUUUACAUUUGUAAACGUACUUGCAUAGUUUGAAGAACAAUGCUUUCUGGCUAGCGGAGCUAAUCUAUACAAGUAUUUAGAGCAAAUAUGCAGAUAUUUAUAGAUAAAGUAAAUACAUAUUGAAAGGGAAGUGUG